GGGAGCUGCUUCUGUCUUUCCUUGUGCUUGUCACACUCAGACCACGGCUCUGGGGCUGGGUGUUGCUGCUGGUCCAGCCUCGGACUCCUGUCCUUGUGGCCCUGGCCGUGGCCGCGUCUGAGCGAUGGCGAGGGGGGUGCGUCCAGCAGAGGGGCAGCAGCAAGCUGCCAGGCGCCCGCGCAGGAAGCUGUGCACGUUGAGCACGUUGGCGUGUUUCUGUUUUCAGCUGUCGGUGUACACUAGCCCUUCCCUGAGAUGGAGUCCUCUGAGCUCGGCUCUGAUUAGCAGCUGCACAGCUGGGAGCGAAGCCUCCAGGUCUGCCCCGUCUUUUCCCAGGCUUGCGAUUUUACACAAGAACUGUACUCUGCAAGCUCCCGGAGCAGUUGGAAUGGAUGACGCAGGAGCUGCAAGCAGCGAGGAGGCCCCUCGGGCCAUCAAGCCCACCAGCAAGGAGUUCCGGAAGACGUGGGGUUUCCGGAGAACCACGAUCGCCAAGCGCGAGGGUGUGGGAGACGUGGAGGCUGACGCUGGGGAGCCUGCCCCUUCCUUGCGGCGCAGCGGCCGGCAGCCCAAGCGCACAGAGCGGGUGGAGGAGUUCCUCACCACGGUGCGGCGCCGGGGGAGGAGGGGCGAGCCGGCAUCCUGCCCUGCCACUGAUGGCGAGACUGCCUCGGAAGGCAGUGUGGAGAGCGCCUCUGAGGUCAAGGGCGGCGGCCAGGCCGAACCUGGGUCUGUGGCAGCUGAGAAGGCCAAGGCGAGAGAUGGUGAGGACGACACCUCCGAUAGUGACAGUGACGGCCUGACCUUGAAAGAACUUCAGAAUCGCCUCCGGAGGCAGCGAGAGCAGGAACCCCCAGAGAGGCCCCUGCGGGGGACCCCGAAUCGCCUGAGGAAGCCGCAGCGGGAGGAGGACCCCACAGAGGCCGGGGCUGUGGAGGCAGACAGUGCUGCCGAGCAGGGCCUGCCCUCUCAGGAGGAGCCCGAGAUGGCCCAUGGGGAAGCGUCCCAGGUGGCCGAGGAGGACCCAGAGAGUGAGGCUGAGGGGCCAGUGGCUCGGGGAGCUGGAGAGGAGCGGGGGGCCAUGGGCCGACCACAGCCCGAGUGCGAGAUGUACGACCCUAGUGCCCUGUACUGCAUUUGCCGUCAGCCGCACAACAACAGGUUCAUGAUAUGCUGUGACCGAUGUGAGGAGUGGUUCCAUGGUGACUGUGUGGGCAUCUCGGAAGCUCGGGGGCGGCUGCUGGAGCGCAACGGGGAGGAUUACAUCUGUCCAAACUGCACCAUCCUGCAAGGGCACGGUGAACCGGAUUCGGAGCCCACGGGCCAGCAGGAGGCCCCGGCAAGGCCUGCCCACACCGAUGGCGCGGAACUCACAAGCAUAGGAACCGUCGAGCAGAGGUCCAGUGAGGACCAAGGGAUCAAGGGGAGGAUUGAGAAAGCUGCUCACCCAAGUGGGAAGAAGAAACUCAAGAUAUUCCAGCCGGUGGUGGAGGCCCCUGGUGCGGCCAAGUGCAUCGGCCCUGGCUGCGGCAGAGUGGCGCAGCCCGACUCCGUGUACUGCAGCAGUGCCUGCAUCCUGAAGCACGCUGCAGCCACCAUGAAGUUCCUCAGCUCAGGGAAAGAUCAAAAACCAAAACCUAAAGAAAAGGUGAGGACGAAAUCGGAAAAGCUGAGUCUUCCCAAGUGGAGUGUGCAGGCAGGCAUUAAAAUCCCUUCUGUGCACAAGAGACCGGCUCCAGAGACGAAGGAGACCCCAGCAAAGAAGGCGGUGGCAGCUUCUCCCCGGGGCGACGCCUUGGCCAAGGAGGCACCGAGCGAGGGCACCCCGUCCUGGGCAAGCGACCACAAUUACAACGCGGUGAAGCCGGAGCAGAGUGCUGCCGCCGCCGGGCCUCUCUUGUAUAAAUCUGUGAAGGAAGAGCGAAGAGCAGAGGAGAAGGUGGCGGCUGCAGCCUCCAAGAAGAUGGCUGGGCCAGGCUCUGCGACGGGCAUGCAGACCGCACCCCGAAGUCUCCUCCCGAAGACAGCCAAGAUGGUCGUCAGAAAGUCACCCUCGGGCUUCAAGGGCACCAUCCCCAAGAGGCCCUGGCUCUCGGCCACUCCCUCGGGCAGUGCAUCGGCCACAAGGCAGGUGGGGCAGACCACUGUCCCUGGGAUGACCGCCUCCAAGAAGUCUCCUGGGGCUGCUGCAGGGGCAGCUGACAGGAAGCCCGCUGCGGCCUCUGCAGCCCCCGGACACGUUGGGCCCGUGAGCCCUGCACCAUCCCAGCCCAACUCCCAGAUCCGGCAGAACAUAAGGCGCUCAUUGAAGGAGAUCCUGUGGAGAAGAGUGAACGACAGUGAUGACUUGUUGAUGACCGAGAGUGAGGUGGGCAAGGUGGCCCUGCGCAUCGAGAAGGAGCUGUUCGGCCUGUUCCAGGUCACGGACAACCGCUACAAGAGCAAGUACCGCAGCCUGCUGUUCAAUCUGAAGGACCCGAAGAAUCAGGGCCUCUUUCAUCGUGUUCUGCGUGAAGAAAUCUCUUUGGCGAAGCUUGUGAGAAUGAAGCCAGAGGAGCUUGUGUCCAAAGAACUGUCUGCGUGGAGGGAGAAGCCCCGCAGGCCUCCCCCAGAGCCCAGAGUUAAGCUGCCGAAUGGAAGCAGGCGGCCGGCCACGGUGCCGGAGGCCGUCCCUGACAUGGAGGACUCGCCGCCUGCGUCGGACUCGGAUGAGCAGCAGGAGGCGGUGCGGACCGCCCCGGAGAGGAGUGUGGCUCCCGCCCUGGACAUCUGCAGCAGCAUGCUCAAGGACACGACCGGCCAGCACCGUGCCCACUUGUUCGACCUCAACUGUAAGAUCUGUACAGGUCAGGUUCCAUCGUCAGAAGAUGAACCAGCUCCAAAGAAGCAGAAGCUGUCGGGCUCUGCUCGGAGGGAAGACUUGAAACCCAAGCAUGACGACUCCCCGCCCGACCCAGCGGCCGGUGCAGCUGCGCCCACGGCCCUGGAGGCUGUGCCAGAGGACGCCACUGCGCUGGAGCAGGACAUGAAGCCCGGAGAUGGCUGCCCCGAGGCCUCCCCGCCGGAUGGCCUGGCUCCUUGCCUGGCCUCCUCUGGGGCUGCGGUGGUCACCACGGUCACCGUGUCUGGCCGGGACCCCAGGACUGGUUCGAGUGCUGCUAGUGUAGGCCUGGGCCCGGCAGUGACCCGGCUGGACGGUCCCCACACGACGGAGGGCAAAGCUGAACCACUGAAGGCUGUGCUGACUGCUGCCUCAGUGCCCAAGUCCAUCCUGGCCAAGCCGUCUGCGUGCCCUGAGCCUCGCUACCUGUCGGCUCCGCCGUCCUCAGGGGCCAGCAUCUCAGACCCUCGGGGCACUCCAGAGGGAGACACGAGCCUCUUCCUGUCUCGGCUCAGCACUGUGUGGAAAGGGUUUAUCAACAUGCAGAGUGUGGCAAAGUUUGUCACGAAGGCGUACCCCGUGUCGGGGGGCUUUGAUCACCUCAGUGAGGACUUGCCCGACACAAUUCACAUUGGUGGGAGGAUUGCGCCCAAGACGGUUUGGGAUUACGUCGGCAAGCUGAAGUCCUCUCUCUCCAAGGAGCUCUGUCUGAUCCGCUUCCACCCGGCCACGGAGGAGGAGGAGGUCGCUUACAUCUCGCUCUACUCGUACUUCAGCAGCCGGGGCCGCUUUGGCGUUGUCGCCAACAACAGCAGGCACAUCAAGGACCUGUACUUGAUCCCACUGAGCGCCAAGGACCCGGUUCCUUCCAAACUCCUGCCGUUUGAGGGGCCAGGUCUUGAAUCUCCACGUCCAAAUAUCAUUCUUGGGCUGGUCAUCUGUCAAAAAAUAAAGCGUCCUUCCAACACCGGGGAGUUGGACAAAGUGGAGGAGAGGCGGGGCCGCCCGCAGGAGGAGGCUGACAUCUCGACUGGGCCCAGGACUUCUGUCACCACCCCAGGCGACAAGAAGCCCUCGAGGUACCCACUCAGCUCAAGUGACCCAGUGCUUAGCACCACGCCCCCUGCGUCCCCACCCCCACCCCCCCCUCUUCCAGAGCCACCCACCUCAAAGGGGCUGGCGUCCCUCAAGUCUGCAGCCACCAGCUCCAUCCCAGGGCCUCCCCCGGCGCCUGUGCCCGCAGCGCCCACUGUGUCCACACCCACUGCGCCCAAGACGGCCUCGCCACUGGAGCACAUCCUGCAGGCACUCUUUGGGAAGAAGAAAUCCUUCGAGCUGCCUGGCAAGGAAGCUGGGGGCACUACCCCCACGCCCCUCCAGGAGCCUGGAGCCCCGCCGGACAGCAGGGCCCCAGCAGCCCCUCUGCUGGAUCCCAUCGUGCAGCAGUUUGGCCAGUUGUCGAGAGAGAAGGUUCCAGUGGAGGAGGAAGACGACAGGCCCUAUGACCCAGAGGAGGAGUACGGCCCCGAGAGGGCUCUUGACCCUCAGCUCGCCGCUCCGCCGGCGUGCCCCUCUGGGGAGCCUGUUCCAGAGGCUGCCGAGAAGGAGGAGGUGGCCUACGACCCUGAGGACGAGACGAUAUUAGAGGAGGCCAAAGUGACUGUGGAGGACCUGCCCAACAGGAUGUGUGCAGGCACAGGGAGCGAGCCCGCGGACACCCCCACCCCCUCCCUGGUGGAGCAGCAGAAGAUGCUGGAGGAGCUGAACAAGCAGAUUGAGGAGCAGCAGCGGCAGCUGGAGGAGCAGGAAGAGGCACUGCGGCAGCAGCGGGCUGCUGUGGGCGCCUCCAUGGCCCAUUUCUCCGUGUCCGACGCGCUCAUGUCGCCGCCUCCGAAGUCAGCUCUGAGCAGGGCUGAGCUGCCGGAGCAGGGGUGCCCCUUGCCCAUCGCCCCAAACCCCGCUGCCCAGGCAGCACAUCUGAACACAGAGGCGAGACAGCGCCGAGACCCACGGCAGGCCAGGCGGCUGGCUGCUGAGAGCAGCGAGGCCCCAACGGGCAGCAGCCAGGGGGGCCCUGCAGCCAGGGAGGCUCCCCCGCAGGGGCCUGUGCAAGCCCAGGAAGAGAGAGAGGCAGCACCUCCCCCGUGGGUUCCUCCUGAAAAGCCACCCCUGCUCCCCAGCCAGGACUGCCAGAGGGCUGAGCACUUGGGGAACUCGGGCCAGCUGCCCCUGGAUGGCAUCCAUCCUGUGGCAGGCGGAGACGUCGUGGCCAGGCCUGCCCGCAGGGUGCUGCUGCCCACACCCCCUAGCACCUCCUUGCAGCCUGGCUUCGUGCUGCCCAGCGAUGGGCAGAACUUUGGUCAGAGCCCCUACCCCAUCCCUCCAUUCACACCUGGGGAACAGCCUCUUGGCUCGGCACCCUAUGAGAGCCCAAGACACACCCCACCUGCUGGCCCAGUGGCCAAUGUGGACAUGGGCAGGGAGCCUCCAGGCAGGCCGGGGGAGGGCACUGUCCCCUUCCCCCCACCCGGGCACAAAGGAGGGGCCCCCUUUCAGCCCCAGUUUCCAGGCCCGCGGGAACCAGUGCCUCGUGCUUUUGGGGUGCCUGGACUACCCGGUUCCAGCUUCCCGGGUCCUAGGGGGCCAGGCCCCUCGUUUCCCGAGGAGAACACUGCUCCCAGUGACGGGCCAAGGGGGCCUCCUGCCAGAUUCGGGGCCCAGAAAGGGCCCAUGUCUUCCUUGUUUCCUGGUCAGCAUGGGCCCCCUCCUUAUGGGGAGGCCAGGGGCCCCUCACCCCCCUUCCUCGGCGGCCCCAGAGGAGUGGCACCUUCUCAGUUUGAAGAGCGCCAGGACCUGCAUGCGGAGAGCAGGGACUUCCAGGAGGUGGUGUACAGUGAGCUGCCUGGCCCGCCAGCCCAGUUUGAGGGGCCCGAGCGAGCCCCAGGUGCAGGUGGCCGAGGCGGGAUACCCUUCCAGUGUGGCGGACAGAGGCGGCCUCUGCUGUCCCAGCUCACGGGACCCCGGGGAGGCCCGCCUCCAUCUCAGUUUGGGGCUCAGAGAGGACCCCCACCUGGCCACUUUGUGGGCCCACGGGGGCCCCAUCCGGGCCAGUUUGAGGGACCCCGAGGCCAGGCACCAGCCUUCAUACCAGGUCCCAGGGGGGUGCAGCCGCAGCCGUUUGAGGAGCAGAGGGUGAACUCGCCACCUAGGUUUGGGGGUCAGAGAGUACCUGCACCUCUACAGUUUGGCGGGCCCAGGGGAUCUGUGCCCUUUUCAGAGAAGAACGAGGCAGUACCUUCACGGUUCCCCUUCCAGGGCCAGCCCCCACAGGGGCUGAAGCCUGGCCCUGCGCCCCGGCCUCUGCUCGAGCUCCCUGGCCAUCCGCAGCACAGGAAGGACCGCUGGGAUGAGGCUGGGUCAGCUUCAGCUGCACCCUCGGACUCCUCUGGGCAGGGCCUUGAGGCUGAUGGGCAGUGGACAGCCAAUGACUUCCGCGAGGGCAAAGGCCACGAGUACAGGGGCCAGGCCGUGGAGGGCCGGCUGAGGGAGCGUUUUGAAGCUGGCCCCCGAGAGAAGUCACUGGAUGAGCCUGAAGGACAGGUGCCAGAGAGUCGGCAGGGCCGGGCCUUCGAAGACCGCAGGCGAGAGAGAGAGCGAGGUCGGAACUGGAGCCGGGAGUGGGACCGGCACAGAGAGAAGGACGCUGGCCGGGAGUGGGACAGAGGCCGAGAGCGGAGCUCCAAUCGGGAGCGAGAGCGAGAGCGGGACCGAGACCGAGAGCGGGACCGGGACCGAGAGCGAGAGCGGGGCCGCAGCCGCAGCCGCAGCCGCAGUCGCGACAGAAGUCGGAAUCGGGACCGGGAGAGAGACCGGAGACGGGACCGAGAUCGCUCCCGCAGCAGGGACCGGGACCGGGACCGUGAGAGGUCAAGGGACAAGGACCGGGAACGUGGCCGUGACCGUGACCACAGGGACCACAGCAAGAGCAAGGAAAGCACGCGGGACGCCCGGGAUGGGGGCACUGCCUCUGUCCAGGCCUAGAGGCCGACGCCUGGCCCUGCGGGUCCUCGGCUCGCACUGUUGGGAACCGCUGUGACCUUGGUGCGGGAGAGCAAUUCUGGACUUCAGAAAUGACUGGUUUUGUGUAUAAUGGUUUCUUAGAAAAAUUUCACAGCUGCAAUUCUGAUGCUUUUUUAAAAUAAGAACUCUAAUAUUUCCAUUUAAAAUUACAGAAAUGGGAAGGCAUCUAAAAAGCAUAUUGCUUUUCUGAGGUUAUAAAUUCUUUUGUGGUGACCUGACGGUUGUAGACAUGGGACGUUGUGGGGCCCGCGUGGCUGCAGCAGUGCUGACACCUGGUGCCGACAGCCACGAGGGGCUCCCGUCCGGAGUGGCCCUGGACCCCCGCGGACAGCCUCGGCUUUCUUCAGCCAGGAAUUUACGCUUAUUUCUGUCACCUCAUUUUUCAGAACGCGGCUAAAAGCAGCAACCUUCCCACUAAAGAAACUUGGCAUUUUAAACAAGGAUUUGUUGAACAUGUUUCCAUUGGACCAAGCCGAGAUAAAGUGGACAGUCUGGUGUUGCGGGAGAGGGCGGGUGUGCCUUUGGGAACAUUUCUUGGUCAGAUUUUGCCCUCCGAGCAGCUCUUCUUGAUUGCAGGCCGUUCAGCUCUUCAGUUGAUGAAUUGUUGAAAAUGGAGCACAGUGUUGGUGGCGGGGGAGCCAGCAGUGACGUGGCAGCCCACACGGGCCGGGCUCACUUACCUUGUAAAAACUUUAGCAAAAGAAAUUCAUAUUUUCAUAAAUUGACUCUUGCAAACCUAAGACCAGAAUGCGUUUCUUCGGUAGAGUCUGUCCCCUCGCAGCCCGCCUGGAGGGCGCGAACGCUCUCGCUCUGUCCACCCACUUGUGGUGUGUGGCAGCAGGGAUGGGGCCGGUGUCCAUUGUCACGUGGGGGCUUUGUGUUUGUUGUUGCUUUUUCUUUUUUUACAAUAUAAAGCAGAUUUUUCUAAUUUAAAUACACAAAUGUAAAAAUCAAGUGUGUUCCUUUAGGGUUACUUGAUAGAGGUUUGUGUAAAUUGUAUUUUAUAUUGCAGAAUAUUGUAUCACGUACGUGACACACAGACUUGAUAGGUUUUGUUACUUGAUGCAGAAUAAACACCCACACAACGUU